UCCACGUGUAAUCCCAUAUAAACACGAAUGCCCACGCAAAUAGCAGGCGUUCUACCCCUCAAAAGCAUUGAGAGGACAUUGGUAGAACAGGCUGAUACGAGUUGUGGAUAAUCCAAGUGGAUAUUAUAGUCAAGGCUCUGUUUUGGCACGCAACAGUGAACGGUUGAGGUCAUGGAGAGUGAAACGAUAUUUCAAUAAAAAUUGCAAGACCUUCAUCCGCAUAUUCAUGUCCCUGAGGUACUCGAGUCCGCGAAAGUUAGCUCCUGAUGACCUCGAACUUCAGGGAGGAUGUGGGAUUGGAAUGAAAUUAAAUGAAUUUAUUUAGAAUCAUCAGGUGUAAAUAUACGCGACCAACCGCCCCGGUGAACGUCAUGUGAACUCAGGUGCACGUGUGCUUUAACAGUGUUCCAUUCACUAUUUUGACAAGGCUGAUAGUCGGACCCAUUGAGAGGUACCACAGUGAAGCAGUGAAAACUGACAGAUGUUCGUUAUUCGCCGGUGAGGGUGAUUAAAAAUGUUUGGAUAGGCGGUGGAAGUUUGUUGGAGAGGUGGUGGAGAUAAGCAGCACCGGGACUGGGUUUCUUGAAUGUUGUUUGGUGUUAUUCGAACAAUCUAGUGAUUCCAUGUAUCAGAGAGACAUUGCAUUACGGGGAAACAGUGGUACAUGACAGAAACUUAUCACGAAAGAGGAUCCAAGAUGAUCAGAGAUUUCUCACCACUCAUUCAGGCCCUCAUAGGGACCCUCUUCACCUGGGCACUGACAGCUGCCGGUGCUGCUCUCAUUGUUGUCAUCAGGGGAAAACAGAGAAAACUUCUCGAUGUGAGCCUGGGCUUUGCAGGUGGUGUAAUGAUAGCAGCGAGCUAUUGGUCACUGCUGGAACCGGCCAUUGAAAUGGCCCAAAAGAGUAAAAUUUACGGUGCUAAUGGGGAAUACGCGUGCAUACCAGUUGGAAUUGGAUUUGUCAUUGGCGCAGCUUUUGUUUAUGGAACAGAUGUAUUGAUAUCAGCCCUUGGCAUUCAAUCCCCCAAUGUGCUAUUAGCUAUGCAAUCAGUUGGUACGAAACAAAGACGAAAAAUCCAUGAAAAGAGUGACGAGGAUUUAGACGAUAACAAUGUAAUUAGUGGUGUACAAAUAAGCAGUGGCAAAAAUCAUUAUGACACGACCACUAUUGAUGGAUUUUACGAGCAAAGUACGAGGAGAAGACAACCUGGAUCUUUGUCCAGAGGGUCUGAAUUGGGUGACUUAGGAAUCGUAUACGAGGACCCAGGAAAUGAGGCCAAAAAUAAUCAGUGGAGGCGGAUACUGUUAUUAGUCGUGGCGAUUACGGUGCACAACAUUCCAGAGGGUCUGGCUGUUGGCGUUGGCUUUGCAGCGGUGGGAAGUAGCCCGGCAGCUACCUUCGAGAGUGCAAGGAAUCUUGCGAUAGGUAUCGGAAUCCAAAAUUUCCCUGAAGGAUUGGCGGUAUCAUUACCCCUACAAGCUGCUGGUUUCAGCACUCUGAAGAGCUUCUGGUAUGGCCAAUUAUCGGGUAUGGUGGAGCCAAUUGCUGGUGUCCUCGGCGCUGCUGGCGUUUCACUCGCAGCACCAGCUCUACCCUAUGCACUGGCUUUUGCUGCAGGUGCCAUGAUUUAUGUCGUCGUUGACGACAUCAUCCCGGAAGCACAUCAGAGUGGAAAUGGCAAAAUCGCCAGCUGGGGUGCUAUGGUAGGAUUUUUAAUAAUGAUGUCACUGGACGUUGGACUUGCAUAGAGUCCAAGAGAUUAGCUUCAAUUAGAGGGCGCAAAGCGCCAAUUUUCAUAGACAGUUCCCUGGACACCGACACAUCAGUUCUAAAUCAGUAGAUAGAUGAAUAAAAAUAAAUUGAAGAUGGAGCGAAUGAAGGAGCGAUUGUGAUGAGUUUCUGUAAAAAUUGUGAAGUGCAAUUACUAAGAUUAUUAUUCGUUAGGCUUGUGAAGGACGAUGGUGUACACAUCGACGUUCAUUGAUUGAGAAGAGUCAAUUAAGUACUACUAACUUCCCCAGUGUAGACUCUGGUAUAUGUGCUUCAAUUACCAGAUAUCUAGUGUAUAUUUGUUACUCGCUAAUGAGCCCCAAGUGAUGUAUUUUGAUCCGAAUAUACUUAGAUAAAUUUCUAUCCACUCUUCUAAAGUUUCUUCGGCCAUUUAUAUGCGCGUAUACAACUGAUUAUCUUUGCACAUUCAUACUGACCGAUCUAACUACCUAUCUGCAGGAAAAAAGUAUCAGAAGCGUCCAUGCGCAUCCCCUGCCUUCUAACAAGUGAAUAAAAGCGUUCCAUCUAACGGCACUACUUAUAAUUUGCUCCAAGAAACUGCAGAUGUAUAUUUAUUAUUGAUCUGUCCACGAUGUUUUUUUGUAGCUUCCUGUUUUUAUGUGAAAUGUUUUUGUUGACAAUGCUAUAUUCUCUGUGCAACGUUAUAGGUGUCAGUCUUGGGCACAACAGCAAACUUGUAAAUUCUCAUAUUAAUAUUUGAGACUUUAUGAAAGAAUACUACCACGUUUAUUGGAUUUUUGUAGAUAAUUUUCAAGUUCGAGUAUAGACUUCCUACGUUUGAUAGAUCAAGGUCCCGAGUAACUGGAGGAGAAAGAGGAUUUGUUAGAUUAAUGAUAAUUUCCAUUGAUCUUAAUGAUAUAAAUUGGAGACUAAUACUGUUAUGAGUGAUGCUAUCUUCCUUAAUGAUGAAUUUAUUUGUAAGAAACGAUAAAUAUAAAAUUCAUAUUUUCUUAUUUUUGACGCAAUGCAAGUUCGUAAAUAUAUUCAACGUACGCAACAUCAGAGCGAUGAUAGAACAAUUAUGAAUAUUUUCGACGAAUGUUUGUGACGAGGGAUUUGAUUCCCACCCAUGCGUGGUGUAUGUUAAACCUGCAAUAGCCAGACAGAAUUUCUCCGAAAGUUGAAUGAUUGAUUGUGUAAUGAUGAUCAUAUAAUGGCGACGCACGCUCGUUUCAACAAUGAGCGAAACUCAGAAAAGGGUAUGUGGGAUGAAUAUUAAUGUGAAGUUUUAGGGAAUAAAAAUGUAAAGAAAGUAUUUGGUGGAGAGCAAGUCCGCAAAUGAAUAAAUAAAUUUUGAAAGUUGCUCAUAUAAUA